AAGACCGUAUUCACGAGCAAGCAUGAUAUCAAAAUGGCUUCUCGCCAAACAAUGUACGACUUCCUUUCACCAGAGGAACAAAAGUUUCAGGAAGACUGGGCACAGGAGAAGAUCAAUCAAAUGCGACCAUGUCCCGCUGGGCUUUGGUGGGAUAGAAUACCAGGUGGGUACGCUUGCACGGGUGGGCACCACUGGAUGUCAGACGAGUUGCUAGCUAAGGGGAAGGGUGGAUGGUACCUA